GACUAGAUAAGCCUACUUUGCUUGAUAUCUAUACAUAUGUGUAUUCAAAUCCACUACUUUACUAUAUUUCAAUGCUAUACAAUUGUAAGUAAAUGUCAGGGUCAUAUAACGCACAUACUAAUACGAUAUAAUACUUCUGGCGCUUCGAAAUAAUAAUUCAAAUAUUACUGAAAUUUCCACAAUUUAUUAUAAUUACUAAUUUCCUUGGUUUUUAAUAAAUUAUUUAUCCAGUUUAUAUAUUAAAACCAUAAUUUAUACUAUAAAUAAAAUCAAUGUGUAAAUUUAUACUUUUAACAGGCAGGGUAAUAUUGAUCAUGAAAAACAGCAGGUAGCAGGUAACAUGUAAUAGAUCUGUAGAUAUCAUUCCAGUUCAAAGAAAUUGCCCGAUCGUGCGUUAACUAUGGUUAACGUAUCAUUCUUUUUUUGCAUUAUAUUAUUGUUUUUAUUAACAAAUUCAGAAAGCAAAAUUCUUCGGGGCCACCUUGUAACACGUGAAAACUGGGCAUUUUUAGCGAGAUUUUGUUUUUUAACGGAACAAGGCACAUUUCGGUAUGAAUUUGAAUUAGGAGGUGAUGAAAAAAAUUUGAAAUUAUUAUUAUAUUAUGACGCCCCUGAUCAAUGGCCAAGCGUUUAUCCUUCAAACAAAACAUGUAUCGAAAAGGAAGCUUUGCUUUGGGACGGAAUUGGUCAAAUAGUACCAUUAUCGUUAUCAACGUCUGAACAAUCCGGAUGUGUCCAAGAAGACACAAUAACACGAUGUUCUAGCUAUCGCAGGUUUCGAUCAUCUCGUCCGAGAUGGUGGUUUAUUGCUUUAGCAGAUUGUUCAUCGAAAAACGGAUUAAAUGUUUCAUAUUGGAUAUCGCUAACAAAUGCGCCACAUGGCAAUUUUUGGAAAGAACACUUCUCAGCAGAUGAAUUCUAUAUAUUACCAGAAUUGAUAAUAAUUGCUUGCAUUUAUAUAGUACUUGUCAUCCUAAGUUUUUAUGCAGCCAUGCAAUUGCGAGCAAGAAGACUAUUACAUGUAUCUUACAAAUUAUUCAUGGCUUCUUUGCUUUGUCAAUUGGUGGGGAUUCUAUUUGAAAUUUAUAGUUACAUAAAUCUUGGAUUAAGAGGAACAUCAACGAAUAAUGCUUCUUUGUUGGGUCAACUUUUAGAAGCAUGUUCUGAUAUUUUAUAUACUUUGCUUAUGUUAUUACUUGCACUUGGUUUCACAGUAACUAAAAGUGUUUUAAAACCCAAACAAAUUCGAUGGCUUAUAUGUUUUAUUUGCCUUGUUUCUUUCUGUCAGUUGUCAUUAUAUAUUUAUCAGUCGGAUGUGUUUGAUCCUGGAUUAGUACUAUACAUUUAUGAAUCACCACCAGGUUAUGGACUAAUAAUAUUAAAAUUGAUUGCAUGGAUUGUAUUUUCCCUUUGUUGUUUUAAAACCGUUAGGAAAAUGUCAACAAAGCUUCAUUUUUACGGUUCAUUAUUUUCAUUGGGAUCAACAUGGUUUUUGUGUCAUCCAUUAACGGUGCUCUGCAUCACUUUGUUAGUAGAUGAAUGGAUAAGAGAAAGUGUUGCUAAAGGAUGUUCAUUGUGGAUUGUUUUUCUGGGACAUAUAAUAUUUUUAUACAUCACUAGACCAUCUAUGGCUAACAAGCGUUUUCCAUUUCAUAUUAGGACAUGUCAAGUGAUGCCAAUUGCUGGUGAUGGCCAAGACCAUAGUUAUGAACCUCGUGUUAGAACAGCAGGUUCUGCGUUCACUAUAUCCCAUCUACCUCCACCUACUUUGCAAUCUUAAUAAUAAGCAUACUCUAAAAUAAGUGAUAAUAUAUGUAAGUAAAACGAAAUAAUGAUCCUAUUUUUACUGUUAUUUUUAACAUUUAUAACUAAGAAAGGGCACAUUCUGUGAAGGUACAGUUAGUCAAUAAGGAAUUAAAUAUUAAUUUUAUACGCUG